UAUGUAGACGAGCAUAUAUACAAAUCUCAGAUCUUUGAAAACCCGGACACUCUCAGAAAGUUCAUAAAGAGAUAUUACACAGUGAUCCGCUUUAGAGCUCGCUGACACGGACGCUUGAGUGUUUUUUUUUUUUUUUUUUUCAGAUCGCAGUGGACUGAUCAUAAGGCAGAGAGGGGCAGAUUCAGGGGAGGGACGCCAGCAGCAGCAGCAGCUCCCGGUCUCACUACUCACACACAGGGAGAAGACACAGGGCUGACACUGAUGGUGCUGCGCCUCUGAUAAAAAACAAACGGGAGAAUAAACCUGAAAUUUGAGGGGAAACAGCAUUGAGACACUAUGCAGAUGUCAGAAUCAGUCUCACAGCAGGACCGGCUCCAGGCUAUUGCAGAAAGGAGGAAAAGACAGACAGAAAUUGAGAAUAAGAAAAGACAACUAGAGGAUGACCGACGACAGCUUCAGCACCUCAAGUCAAAGGCACUGAGGGAAAGAUGGCUGCUGGACGGUGCACCCUCUGCAGGACCGGAGGAAGACGAGACCACAAAACAGUUGCGGGAAGAUGAGGCCAAAACCAGAGGUCUUGAGGAGGCCAUUCAUAGACUGGAAAGAGAGCUGGAGGAGCUAGAGACAGGUUUGUCUGCAACAUCCACCAAAGAGAGCCUGUCCGACGAAGUACAGGAAGUCAACACCAAGACAGUAGAAAAAAUGGUUGUGACAGACUCUGUAAAAGAGGUCAAAGUUCACGUCAGCCCUCGUCUGGAGAAAUCCGGAGGUGUCUCUGACAUGAUGAGAGCAGCGAUGUACUCCGUAGAGAUCACAGUUGAGAAGGACCUGGUGACUGGCGAGACCAAAGUCCUGUCCACUAACACACUGCUCCCCAAAGACCUCUCGCAGCAGGGGGUCAAGGUCUAUGAGGAUGAACAGAAAGUGGUGCAUGAAGUGCGCAGUGUGGACGGCACAGUAACCAAUGGCGUUCACCAGCUCAGCUCUUCAGAGGUGGAUGAGCUCCUCCACAAAGCUGAUGAGGUGACCAUGAGUGAGAGUGGCAAGACUACGCCGCGACUGGAACGAGGGCAGGCCGAGAAAGUGGAGAAGGUUGAGAAAGACAUAGUCCCAGCUGCAGCCGGCUCCACCCCCAUAAUGGAGAUCACGGGUGUAGAACCGAAACCCGCAACACCUCAGACAGAAGUGGGCGGGGCCAGUGCAGAGAACCCAGUUACGAUGGUUUUCAUGGGUUUCCAGAGCGUGGAGGACGAGGAUGAAACAAAGAAGGUUUUGGGGCAGGAAAGCACGACUGUGAAGGCUGAAGUGGUCGUCAUAGAGGACGGAGAUGCCAAGACCACCACCACCAGUGACACCACGCAGGAGCAGGCACCCCCUAAUGGCAGCCCAGCAGAUCCACCGAAGGCUGAAGAGGCGGCAGGAGAGUCAGGACAGCCAGAAGGGGGCGCUGCUGAGGUCAAGAGCAAGGAGAAACAACCCUGCAAAUGCUGCACCAUCAUGUGAGCCUAAACACACCCUCCCAAACACGGACUUUACUGAUGAAAUGCAACAACAUACAGAGAGAACAAUAGCAAGGCAAAGAAUAAACAUUCACUAUCUUUUGAUAGAAGCUGUUGUUUCUUUAAUUGAUUUGACCUGUUUUAUAUUUUCUAUAUUGCUUGAUCCGCACCCCUUGAUACUCUCUAACCUCAUUUAAAAUUUAUGCGUAUAGUUUUUUUUUUUUUUUUCUAGUUUUGUUGUGGCUGAAAUGAAUCACAUCAUAUGCACUCCUAUGAGAAAAGUCUGAAGAUUAAAAACCCUUUAACUAACCGAUCAGUAUCCAACAAGCCCCUUAAAUCCUAUUUAGUCCUACCUUUCCAUAUAAAGGAAUGAAAUAUCUCACAUAAUAUAUAUGAAGUUAUCAUUUAUUUUUGAAAGAAAUAUUUAUUUUAUUUGAGUUCCCUUUUUGCAAAGCAUGACAUUGUUUGCAUUGCAAAGUAUUUUCACUUUCACAUCAAAAGAAAACAUUGAAGACAAAGAUUGAUUUCAACAUUGUGCAUUGCGCUUUAUUUACUGAUGAAGCUGUGAGAAGUAUAUCAAUUAUUAUUAUUAUUAUUAUUAUUAUUCUGGUUUUCUCAAUUUUGACAGAGCAGGGAUUGAUUGAGCACACCUUGCCUUUGCUUAGAAAUGACAGGAUUGUUGUAAACAAACAGAUUGACCAUUAUACAGGAGUUUUAAAAGAAUGUUCCAGGUUAAAUACAUGUUAAGAUCUCAAUUACUAUAGAAAAUAGUUUUCAUUCAUCCCUCAGUUUAUAAUGAAAAAAAUAUAUAUGUUUACAAAAAUGGGAAGUUUGUAUUUUUGUUAAAACAUUAAUUUUUUCUUACAAAAAUGUGUUUCUUGAGCUGUUAAGUUGUCUAAAUUAUUCUUUAAAUCCUUAUUAGCUUUACAUGGUCAUGACAGGAGCACAUGCACUACCGUUUAAAUGUUAGGGGUCAGUAAGAUAAAAGAACAGCAUUUAUUUGAAAUAGAUUUUUUUUUUUAUUAUAAAAAUCUUUAUUGUCAAAUAAAUAAACAAUGCAUCCUUGAAUAAAAGUAUUGAUUUUUUAAACGUACUGACCCCAAACUUUUAAACAGUAGUGUAUAGUCUUGUAGCUAGACUUUAUUAACAUUUAUUCUUAUGCCAUUCGCCAUAGACUUCCAUAAUACUUGUAUAAUAAACAUGAUUUCUAUUCAUUAUUUACAAACAUAGGGACAAAUGAUAACAAUUUUGUGGUAAAUGAAAGCAUGUCCCAACCUAACCUCUACUGAACCAACAUUUCUGUAAAUGCAUGUGUAACUGUACUUUGCACUGAGACAUUUGCUUCAAAUGAAAGAAUAUUUCAAAGUGCUUUCUUUUAUCAUGCCUUUUCUUUUUUCUUUGCUAUCCCUCACACACACUCACAAGGACACAAACAGUGAUACAGGAUCAUUUUUCCCUCCUUAAAGGAAAAUUUGUAUUUCUUAUCUUUGUUCUCCCGUGAGUCCAGUAGAUUGCACUCUUUCAUAUUGAAAUGUAGGACAAGUGAGCUGAGGAUAUCUCAGUAAGCACUGGUGUUUUGCUGUAAGGCCGUUCGGUGGCCGUGCUCAGUUAGACUGGUCCAGCAAAGGGUUUACGCAUGCGUAAUUGUUCCUUUAUGUUUCUAAUUAAAAUACUUGUUACCAUAUAUUAUCCCCACUUGAAGUGCUUUAUUUGUUGGAAAUAGAAAUAAGGAGUAGGGAGUAAGUUGAUUACUUUCAAACUGCUGCGUGAUAUAAACUUGCAUUGGAUCAUUUGUACCCUUCUAAUCAUUUCACCUGAAUUACUCACAUGCAUUUUGAAUAUUUAAAAAGCCCUGCCCUUGUUCUGACAUUAAGAGAUGUUUAAGUAUCAAGUGUCCAGGAUGGUAUUUUGAUUGUAUUCCAGUCUGCACUGCCAUUAGCCCUCAGGAAGGGUCAUUGACAGCUCAUUUCCAACAAGUGACAUCAGCAAACUGCUGCAGCCAAUGCUAUGCAAGAGCCCUCAUGCGUGUAAACUAGUGUCAGAAUAAGCAAAGCUCUCUCACUUAAACCGCAAUCAUAACAGUUAAAAAAAUGGAAAGACAGGAAGGCCAAUAUCCGCCCUUCCUUAGCUGUUCCAAGGAAUUGACAGGAAGUGUGACAAGGGGACAGGAAAAGUUUAAUAGGUUACCAUGCUAAGUAUUGAAGGUUUUUUCUUCUUUUAUUUAGAUACUUAAAAAAAAAAAAAGUGUUAACAUUUCUGGCAAAAGUUGGAAAAAAUUGUUUCUAAUUACCCUUAAAGUAUAGCUAUGAUGCCAAAUGCUUCAGUAAAAACAAAAAGCAUAGUUUUUGUAGCCUGUGUUUUUGUGGAAGAGAUGGGUGAUCGACUGCAUUAUGGUUUAAUGUGGUGCUAAUUUAAGUAUUUUGCUUUUUAUUUCCAUGUUUUCCAUAACAGAAAAAUGCUAGUAACAUCAAAGGUGCAUCCGGUAGUCUGAUAUCACAAUGGUGUUAACUAUUGCCGUGGUCUAGCACAAUUGUCUCGCUUUUUAGCAAUAUAGUGAGUUUUAGCAAGCAGUCAUCUACAGAUUAAUAAAUUCCAUUACCUGUCCAACAAAAAGAACCAACUCCUGAAUAACUAUCAUCAGAUCUUUCCACCUUGUGUAUGGCGCGUUUUGUCCUGUCUACUGGCUUUAGACCUUUUUUCUUUCUUCCGCCAUUCAGGAAGUGAUUGGCACUUUCAAACCACUGCUAAUGAAGCUAAUGAAUCUUUUGUUUCGAAUCAUUUUUGGAGCUUGUAUGGAACUGGCUAAGUCACAUGACGUGAUUUCAGCAAAACAAGAGUUUGUUACAUUGAACCUAGGUUAAGAAAUUUUUUGAAUUCCGGUGGUUUGUCACUAGAGGGCAUUGAUGAACUCAUGAACCAGUGUCUAAAAUAUUUAGUUUCUCUCAGCACUAAAGCAUGUCUAAUUUUCGCUCUCUGAAUCACCAAAAAACACUACGCUACUAGCGUACACCAUAUACAUAUUUAAAACACUUUUUAUAAACAUCUUUUAUCAGUACAGUCUUCAUCUCAUGUAAGUGUACACCAUUCAGACUCAUUACGAAAACAAUUUAUUUUUUCAUGUUUAAAAAUUAGCGCCAAACUACUAAAUGCACCUUUAAUUAUAGAUUACGUUACAUUAGAGGGUUUGUUCAUGAAUGUUAAAUCUGUUUUGUACCUUACUUUGUAAAUUACUUGCUUCAUCGAUUUAAUUUGAUGACAAAUUAUGAACUAAUUUUAGAGGAACUGAAUUAUAUGGCCCUGCUGUAGAGGUGUGCUUUAUGAAGUGUGUGUGCGUUUUUGCGUCUAUGCAGUCGUAUUCAUGAUUUAUAUCAGUUAAUAUGUGUCAUAUAUCUUCCAUUUUAAACACAUAGUUGUAAUAUCUGUUUAGCUUCCCGAAUCGCUGGGAUGAGCUCUGUGGAAAUCUUGUUUGUUCAGGAGCCCAGGAGCCAAAUGAGGUCAGCAUGAAUGCAAAAAACCCUUUCUGUUUAUCUUGUUCCAUCAUGUUUACACUCUUGCACAUUUUCACUUAUCCAUGUACACAGUUUUUGGAUGUAAAGCAGCAUCUCUGGGUUUAUAAUUCAUGGUUCAGCUGAUUAAAAACCAGUCUGCUCUUCCCCCAGAUGAGCAGACCUCCUUUCAAGUCUUUGCGUCACUGUGAGUUUCACGGAUGCCUCACACUUUUGCCGCUCACCUUACUGUCCGUCAGUACUAACAUUCCAGUUCCGACGUGUUCCUCACCCCUGAAUGCCUUGUUGUCUGGCCACAGGCCUGGCGUAUCUCUUUUGUAUAGUUGCAUGCUUUUAUAGGUACAUAAAUCACACAUAUCUACAUAUACAUAUACAUUUCAACGUUAGAUGAUGUCCCUGUGCUUGAACCCCUAACCCUUGAUGUCAAGCUGAGUUCAAAGGCAUGAUAGAACAGAGGACAAUGAGUACUGAAGUAGAUAAUGGGCAACCCAGACUGGGUAAUUCUCUACCUGUUUGAACAGCCCUCUCUUAUUGGUUCUCCUGAUAAUGAGUGUGUGUGCUAUUACUGCCACUGUUGUCUGUACAUUGUGAAGAUCUGCUUUCUAAUCAACCUGACAGAGCUGUAGAAAGAUUUGGAACGAUUAAAAUGUGACGUGCUUUACGGAAA